AUGGUCGAAGACAAGAAAUCCGACUAUACAGUCGAAAUGUCCCAACUGGGCGAGGACUCAAAGAAGAAACAGUUCGAGGCUGCGCCGCCACCAAGUCCCUCCCCUCGCGCUGGACCCAGCUUGUCCAAUAACCCCGCCCUUCCCGUGCUGGCAUACUGUGGUUCGUCUAUCAUGAUGACAGUCAUGAACAAGUAUGUUCUGUCGGGCUUGGACUUCAACUUGAACUUCCUCCUACUCUGUGUUCAGUCUUUGGUCUGCAUUGUGGCAAUCCAAACGUGCAAGUCCAUGGGCCUGAUCACGUACCGUGAUUUUAGCAGCGACGAGGCGAGAAAGUGGUUCCCAAUUACGCUACUUCUGAUCGGCAUGAUCUACACCGGCUCUAAGGCUCUCCAGUUCCUCUCCAUUCCCGUUUACACUAUCUUCAAGAACUUGACUAUCAUUCUCAUUGCCUACGGAGAGGUCCUCUGGUUCGGUGGCUCUGUUACCAACCUAACCCUGUUCUCUUUUGGUCUUAUGGUUUUCAGCUCCCUCAUUGCCGCCUGGGCUGAUAUCAAGCACGCCGUCGAGAGCACCGGUGACACCUCCAGCAAGGUCUCGACUCUGAACGCAGGCUACGUCUGGAUGCUUGUCAACUGCCUGUGCACCUCGUCUUACGUCCUGGGCAUGCGCAAGCGCAUCAAGUUGACCAACUUCAAGGACUUCGACACCAUGUUCUACAACAAUCUCUUGUCGAUCCCUGUCCUGAUUGUCCUGACCCUUCUCGUCGAGGACUGGUCCUCCGCCAACCUGGCCCGCAACUUCCCCGAAGCCAACCGCGACGGCAUCUUCUUCGCGAUGGUCCUCUCUGGCGCAUCCUCCGUCUUCAUCUCCUACACCUCCGCCUGGUGCGUGCGCACCACCUCCUCUACCACCUACUCCAUGGUUGGUGCCCUGAACAAGCUCCCCAUUGCCAUUUCCGGCCUUGUCUUCUUUGACGCCCCGGUCACCUUCCCCAGUGUGUCCGCCAUUGCUGUUGGUUUCGUGAGUGGCAUUGUCUACGCCGUCGCAAAGAUCAAGCAAAACUCCAAGCCCAGAACCGGUGUCCUGCCCGCGCCCGUCAGCGCCAGCAGCCAGAGUAUGAGAGACUCGCUGCGCUCUUAG